AAAGAAACAAACUGACAGAUAAAUGAAAGUGAAAGAAAUAAAUAAAACAAAGACUUGUUUUUUAUUGGCAACUCUGCCAAAUAAAACAAAUCUGGUUUAGAAUGGUGCAGUGAAUAAUUGUAAGUGAUCAGUGACGAAAAGAAUAGUGUUGAUGAAAUAUGAGCAAUAAUAAUAAUUCGUGCGUCGAAACUCCAGCUGCACCGGAUUGGUUGUCAAAGCUGGAAGACAGGAGAGAGAAGUUGAAAAGGGCUAAACUUGGCCAUGAAGCCGGAGCUGGUGCCCCUUGCAACGAGUGUGGCCUUAAGUGCCCCGGCUUAGAUUUGCAUUUUUGGCGUAAGGUUUGCCGUAAUUGCAAGUGCCGAAAGGAUCAGCAUAUGUGUCCGGAUGACGAAGUAACUGGCUGGGCUCAAUUUGAGAUACUUGGGCAAAUUCGUUCAAAGCCUGCUUUCAUCAAAAUUAAAACUUUGGCUAACCAACCAGUUAAAGUCGAAUGGGUACCACCUAAUAUAGCACCGGAUCUUGCUGCUGAUUACAUGGAGAAGUUAGGUAGUGCAAAUGUACCGGUUGCCGGCAGUGAAGCUGCCGCUAAGCGUAAACAACAGCUGGAGUUUCAGGUUCCUCCUCAUGACUUGGAUGCAGGUUUUUGCGAUAAUCUUACUGAAUCCGAAGCAGAUCAAUUGCAACAAUACGUUCAAAAGAUUCGAGACAAUUGCGUGGGUCAAGGCAGUGUAGUUCGGGUUGGAAACUAUGCGAAUGCUAUGUUAGGUACUAUAAACACAUCGAAUAAAGUUGAAGGCAAAUAUGCCGAGGUAAUGCAUGCUUUGCAAGAAACUCCUAUUGUUGAUGAGACUCUUUCAACGAUAUUAUCCAAUGAAAAACUUGCGAAAGCCAUAAUAGAAAAUUUGCCCUGUGAUUAUCCUAAAAUUUUUGUGGUAUUCUCUGAAGCAAUAUGUGACGCACCAUUUAGUGCAAAAAUUGAAUCGAAAUUGACACCUGCAAUUAAGCAAAAACUUAGAGGACUAAAUGAAGCUGCUGUUCAAAGUCUAAUACUUAAUGGUCCGAUAUAUGACAAAAUAUUUGGAGUUUUAAAAAAAAAAAAUUUUGACAUUUCGCGGGAUCCUCGUUUGGGACCACUUUCGGAUCUUCGUAAGGAAUAUUUAUGUAACCCAUUUGCAAAAAAAGAAUUAGAAAAUGCAUUUGGUACACAAAUGCCCUUUAACCAAUCAUCUUUCAAUUCUCCUUUAAAAACACCAUCGAAAUUUAGCCACGAUUUAUCAUUUAUUUCUCCUUUGCCCUUGAAAACGGCAGCAAAUCUAAGAUCAGGAUCACAAAUGUUGCAAGAUACCCCCAUUCGAAAGGUUCAGUUUGGAAAUUCAUCGACUAUUGUAUACGAUUGCAAUUUGCCACCGAAUGUGGAUUAUGAACGGGAUCCAAUUUUUGCAAAAAUUAUUCGAUCGGAACCAUUAAUAAAGGCUGUACAAAUUUCGAAGAGUACGAAAAAUCCGCAAUCGAUUUUAAUGUCUACAUCAAUACCCAUGUCGUCCCGCGGCAUUGCUGAAAUGAAUUUAAGCGAUCCAGUUAAGGAGAAACUUAAACAACUUGGCAUUGAAUCAACUGAUAUGUUGCAAAGUGCAGUUUUAAAUGCGCCCUUUUAUGAGAGACUUUUUUCAGAUCUACAAGAAAAGAAUAUUAAUUAUGACCAAUGUAAGUUAUUGAAACCAUUUGAACUAUUGGGACAGGAAUUGCGCAUCAAUCGUCCUUUAUAUGAGGAGGUGCGUGAAUAUGUUACCUCACUGCCCAACAGUUUAGAUGUAGCCUAUGCUCCGUUAAAUAUGGGUUUGCAACAGGCAUUAAGUGUUUCGAAAAGCUCUGAUUCCGGAUUUGACUCAAAACCAUCGACACCUAUUCAAAGUACAAUUCCUCAGGGAUAUACUGAUGAAGUAAAUGCAUUAAGUGGUAAACUUAUGUCCAUACCAGGAAUUCAAGAGAUGAAUAUGUACCCAACAGUUGAGGUGUCCAAAGGAAUGAAAGGUUUGUCGCUUACCGAACAACAUCCUCAGAAGCAAAAUAAACAAUUUAACGUAGAAUCAACACCUAUGUUGAAAUGUCGUGAUUGUUCUAAAACGAUUAACUUUGGCGAAGUUGCUGUCAAAGCAGAACGAGCAGGAAAAGAGAUUGCCUGGCAUCCGGAGUGUUUUAAAUGUUAUACUUGUCGUGAACUUCUUGCAGAUUUGGUUUAUUUCUUUCACGGAGGUCAAGUAUUUUGUGGUCGUGAUCUGGCCCUAAAGUUAAAAAUUCCUCGUUGUAAGGCGUGUGACGAACUAAUAUUUACUAAAGAAUACACUGCCGCUGAAGGUGCAACAUUCCACAUAAAGCACUUUUGUUGUUAUCACUGCGAUUUGCCGCUGGCCGGUCAACAAUAUAUUCCGGAUGAAAAAUCGAAUAUGCCACUGUGUCUUAAGUGUUAUGAUGAAUACUUUGCCAUUGCUUGUCAGCGCUGCUCCCAACCAAUUGGACCAUCUGAUCAAGGUGUCGCAUGGGGGGACAUUCAUUGGCAUGAUUCGUGUUUUAUAUGUGCUGGAAAGGGUUGUGGUAAAUCACUUAUUGGUGGACGCUUUUGUGUGAAACAAAAUAUGCCAUUCUGCAGCCCAGCUUGUGUUCACAGUAUCAUUAAAUAAAAGCCCUGAUUUCAUUAAAAUAAUAGUAAUGUUGUGUCUGACACAAAACAAUAGCCAGUUUAUACGGUGACGUUCCUGUACACUUUUGGGAUAAGAAAAUCGAAAAAAAUACUUACUCCCUUAUUCGUAAACAGCAUUUUAUUUUAUAAAAGGUUUAUAAAACAAAAUUUCCAUACGAAAUUUGAUUUAUAAAUCGUUUUUAAAAUAAAAAUGAACUUAAAAACUUAAACUCUUUUAAAAACAGUUACAUAUAUGUAUUUAAGAAAGAUUAAAUUUUUCAAAGUUGUGCAGUUUUUUGUAUGAUCGCUGUUAGGAGACAUAUGUACAUGUUCCAUAAUACACAUUUUUUAACACUACCUACUAUCCCUAAAGUGUGUCAAAAUCUUACCGAGUAAAGUGGCUGUUUGAUCGAACAUAAAAUAAGUAUUAAUUAUUGAUGUAAUUUUUAUUCAAUAGUAACUAAAGUGUUAUUUUAAAUUCUUUAAAAUAAUAAUUGAAAUAGAAUUCACUUUAAAAUAUGAAGAAUUGCAAACAAAUAUGUUGUUUUUUAGUUGCUGAUUCGACUUUUUCAGAACACAAAACAUAUUCAUAACAACUUUUUACAUUUAAAAAAUUAGCAAUUAUAUUUAUCAAAUGUAUUUUAUAUAAUACAUACAUACGUAUACUAAUAUUUUAAUAAAAUGUAGUUUUUUUACACAUCAACAAACCUCUAA